AUGACAUCUAUCAAUAGUAACGUGAGAAAUUCUAUUGUAUCAAUAAAUUCUUCCAAUGCUAUUAUCACUUCAAUUCCACCAUCAACGAAUGGAAUGUUAUCUAAGUCUAGUUCAAAAAGUUCAUUAAAACAACUAGGUAGAAAUCAAUUAUAUAAUAGACCUAUUAGUGAAAUGUCAAAUUCUGUUACAUAUACAGGACAUGAUCAUGAUGAUGGUACAUUAUCUGAUUCCUCAAAUGAUUUAGAAGCUGCUGCACUAGAAACUUUACAAAAUAUACAUGAAGAUGAUAAGGUAUUAAAAAAUAUUCCUGGGCAUGAUGUUACUAGUAUAUUAUCUAGUUGGGAUGGUGGUGAUGGAAGUGAUAAAAAAAGUAUUAGGGGAAGUGUUGAGGAUAGUAAGGUUAAAAUAUUACCUAAUGAUGUAAUAAAUUUUGAUAGAGAUAAACAUAUAGAGAAUGGUGAUUUAAUAAAUAGUGAUAACAAAAAAGAAUAUAAUAUACAAAGGGAUGAAGGUGACAAUGAAGCUAAUAUUCAAAAUGAAUUUGGAAUAUGUGGUUGGAUUCUAACAAUACUUUCUUAUAUUCUUAUAUUUUUUACCUUGCCAAUAUCUGCUUGUAUGUGUAUAAAAGUUGUUCAAGAGUAUGAAAGAGCUGUAAUCUUCAGACUUGGUAGAUUAAUGCCUGGAGGUGCUAAAGGUCCAGGAAUAUUUUUUAUUGUUCCAUGUAUUGAUACAUAUCGUAAAGUUGAUCUUCGUGUACUAUCAUUUGAAGUACCACCACAAGAAAUUUUAUCAAAAGAUUCUGUAACUGUUGCUGUUGAUGCUGUUGUAUAUUUUAGAAUAUCAAAUGCAACUAUAAGUGUUACAAAUGUUGAAGAUUGUUCCAGGUCAACAAAACUUCUUGCUCAAACUACAUUAAGAAACAUUUUAGGUACAAAAACUUUAGCUGAAAUGUUAUCUGAUCGUGAGGCAAUAUCUUUACAAAUGCAAUCAACAUUAGAUGAAGCAACAGAACCAUGGGGUGUUAAAGUUGAGCGUGUCGAAGUUAAAGAUGUCCGUCUCCCAGUUCAAUUACAAAGAGCAAUGGCAGCUGAAGCCGAGGCAGCCAGAGAAGCUAGAGCCAAAGUUAUUGUUGCAGAGGGAGAAAAAAAAGCAUCAAGAGCAUUAAAAGAAGCUGCUGAGGUAAUAGCUGAAAGUCCUAGUGCAUUACAAUUAAGAUAUUUACAAACAUUAAAUAGUAUUAGUGCAGAGAAAAAUUCAACUAUUAUUUUUCCAUUUCCUAUUGACUUAUUAAGUAGUUUUUUAACAAAACCAACACCAAAACCAACACAAUCAUCAACAACAUCAACCAAAAGACAUCUGUUAGAGGA